AUGGAGGCUGCCCGCGCCGUGCGCUUCCUGGGGCUCCGCGCCGUGCCCAAGACCAGCUCGCUGCCAAGCCCGCAGGACGUGCUCACCUACAGCCUAGGCGGCAACUUCAUAACCAACAUCACGGCCUUCGACUUCCACCGCCUGGGGCAGCUCAGACGGCUGGACCUGCAGUACAACCAGAUCCGCUCUCUGCACCCCAAGACGUUCGAAAAGCUCUCGCGACUGGAGGAGCUCUACCUGGGGAACAAUCUCCUGCAGGCGCUCGCCCCGGGCACACUGGCCCCGCUGCGCAAACUGCGCAUCCUCUACGCCAACGGGAACGAGAUCAGCCGCCUGAGUCGAGGCUCCUUCGAGGGCCUGGAGAGUCUGGUCAAGCUGCGGCUGGACGGGAACGCCCUGGGGGCGCUGCCGGACGCGGUCUUCGCCCCUUUGGGCAACUUGCUCUACCUACAUCUGGAGUCCAACCGGAUCCGCUUUCUGGGCAAGAACGCCUUCGCCCAGCUGGGCAAGCUGCGCUUUCUCAACCUCUCUGCCAACGAGCUGCAGCCCUCGCUGCGCCAUGCGGCCACCUUCGCCCCGCUGCGCUCCCUCUCCACCCUCAUCCUCUCGGCCAACAGCCUGCAGCACCUGGGGCCCCGCGUCUUCCAGCACCUGCCCCGCCUCGGCCUGCUCUCCCUCAGGGGCAACCAGCUCUCGAACCUCGCACCAGAGGCCUUUUGGGGGCUGGGGGCCCUGCGGGAGCUACGCCUGGAGAGCAAUCGGUUGAGCCAGCUGCCCGCGGCGCUGCUGGAACCUCUGCACAGCCUGGAGGCGCUGGACCUGAGUGGCAACGAGCUGUCCGCCCUGCACCCCACUACCUUUGCCCACCUGGGCCGGCUGCGAGAACUCAGCCUACGCGACAACGCGCUCAGCGCCCUCUCGGGGGACAUCUUUGCCGCCAGCCCGGCCCUCUACCGGCUGGACCUAGACGGCAACGGCUGGACCUGCGACUGCCGGCUGCGGGGCUUGAAGCGCUGGAUGGGCAACUGGCACUCGCAAGGCCGGCUUCUCACCGUCUUUGUGCAGUGUCGCCACCCCCCGGCCCUGCGGGGCAAGUAUCUGGAUUACCUGGACGACCAGCAACUGCAGAACGGGUCUUGCGCCGAUCCCUCUCCCUCGGUUUCCCCGACCGGCGAUGCCAAGCAGCGGCCCUUUCCCACAGCCACGAGGGAGAAGAUGGCGCCCCGGCGGCCCCUGGCCUCCAUGGGCACCGGCGUGUCCGCCGACUUCUCCGGGUUCCAGUCGCACCGGCCGCGCACCACCGUGUGCGCGCUCAGCGAGGCGGACCUCAUCGAGUUCCCCUGCGACCGCUUCAUGGACAGCGCGGGCAGCGGCGCGGGCGGCAGCCUGAGGCGGGAGGACCAUCUCCUGCAGCGAUUUGCCGACUAGAUCCAGGGCCUCCAGGGUUCGGAGACCAUCUCAUUGGCCUUGAGGAGCCCUCUCUCUGUGGCGCCCUUCAACCCACCCCAGGGGAAGAUCUCAUUCCAUCAGACCGUCUCCUUUUGUGCAUUUGGCCAGAGAGGCCAGUUCAGCACUGCUCCCCUGCCCCCCCAAUUCCCAAUACUCCUAAAGUAAAUGGGUGGUACUUGGUGGUCAAGACCAAGAGUAGGGGACGCAUGGAUAGUGGGGUGCAGAGGUGGGAGGCCUUCUUUACACGGAGACCGUGGCGCAGCUAUGAGAUUGGUUUUGGUGGCAUGACAGUACAAUAGCCUCACCCCCUUGGGGGUAGGAAAGGGGGCUUGUGCCCCCAGCAUGGCCAGGUUUGGAGAUUUGGAGACUAAAUACUUUUUUACUUGUUCAGUGUCAAAAAGAGGUGUUUUGUGUUCUAUUUAAGAAAAAAGGAACUUAUUACCAUGACAAAGGAGGCUGGCAGGACCACCACUGGUCUGGGGGUUUGUGCCAAGCAGGAUCAUGUCAGCAGGUGGUAAAGUUUAACGCACUCACCCAGGGGGAACUCCUUGAUGGUGGAUAACUUGACCUUUAAAUAAUCAGAGACGCUACUCUUUUUUUUCAACAAUGUGAAGAGCUCUGACAUUUAACAAACUGACAAACUCAAGGACUAUUUUAGAUGAGCCAGGCGGCUCAACAGUUUUCUUUUUUUUUUUUUUUAACGUGAACAUCACAAGAAGGUUCGCUGACCUUGGCGUUAACUGAGAUGACACACUCUCUCUGGAGAAGGCUGCGUCCAAGACUUCUCCGUCAGGGUUGCUCCUGUGGCUUUUUUAAUUUUAUUUUUUUAAACCCAUAGAUGGAAGAGGAAACGUCAAUGCCAGACUUGAUCAACGAAUGUAAUGCGUAGGUCACAGGUGGCCCCGUAGGGAAGGCCAGUGUUCUAGUUUGCUUACCACAUCGCUGACAGUGUGUGUGGGUUGGGGAAAAUGCCAUGUGCUACUUCUCAUGUUUUUAUCAGUGACAUGCAAUUGACUGUGUCCUACUGGCCCUGAGUUGCACAGUUAAGUGUUAAAGGACAUUUCCUAAUAGGGGAGCAAAAGGUGAUUGUGUAUGUUUGGUCACAUUAAUGUCCUACUCUAUAGGAAAUAGUAGAAGGGAAGAAAUUAUUGGGAAAAUGUGAAAAAAAAAAUGGACAUCGGUGGUGGUUUUUCUACGAAAACCAGAAGAUUGUUACGAGUACUUAAACCUCACUGUGAAAUAAUUCUUUUUGCAAGUUAGUCCCUCCAUGACCCUGUGUUUUACCGUGUUAUUAAAUCUUAUCUUGUAGUUGAUAAUUGCAGUCUUUCUUUUCCAUGCUUUUGUGUUAAACUUAGGGUUAGGCUCCUUUAUUUGCUCUGUUGUUUUCAACUGUUCGAGAUACUUUCGUUCCCUGAUAUUUAUGAAGGACAUGUUUAUCACUACAUGUAGUGCUUCGGUUUACAUGAAUGAUUGCGUGUGUGGUCUACAAGUGUCGUCACUAAGAAGGUGGGCCUGGUUACAUUCACUGUGGUUAUGGUUCAUGGGCAGUGGGGUGUUGUGGAGGCCACGGCAUUGGUGCUAAGGCUAACAGUGCAUCCUCUGUUGAGGGCCGUAAGCCCCUGAGGGUCCUAAUGACUCAGGGAAUCGAUCACAGUCCAGGGGUCCUUCACCUCCCUGCCCCUCUCCACUCCUUUUAUGUGUGGCCUCCCCCGAGCCAGGCCUGCCCUUGUCCCCACCACUGAGCGGAGACCCAGGGAUCUAAAUGAACUGAUCUUUGUUUAUGUUCAGAUGAAUCAAUGUCCAGACCACUUAAAGUACAGCUGCUUUCCUGGCAGUCUUAUCUGUGGGGCCAAAACUUAAUAAACCACAGGAAAUAGACUGUCAUUCUGAGUUUGCUGCCAGAGCUUGUUUCCGACUCUGAGCUUGCUGGCACCGGGAAGAGGUGCAGUUGUUGGCUUUUCCUGGCAACCCCUGCGCUGUCCUGCACCUUUUCUGCUCCCGGCUUUUUUCAUUCAUCGAGCAGUUGCAUCUCUUAGCUGCUGCUUUGGCACGGUCAUGUAGUGCUGAUUCCCAUGGAAAAUAUGCAAAGGACCUCUUGUUUUCUCACGACCCACCCUGUUAACAGUAGAACAUCACCGAACAUGCUUAAUGCCUGGAUCUAUGUACAAACAGUUUCACUGGAAGGCCAUUCAGUGGGAAAUGAAUAAAUGCUAUCCAUUGUUAUGUUCAGUUACGUAAAUAAACCCACUUACUGAUAGAGA